AUGGAUUUAGAGAGUGAAAGCAGCUCGGGAGGAAGCACCUUUCGUACCUAUAGCAUGAAAUAUCAGGCUUUUUUGGAUAGACUCAACGGAAAGGUUGCUCUUCGUUGGACAGUAUUGGGAGUACUUUUUUCUCUCUUCCUCUUUAGAGUUUUAUACUUCCAUGGAUGGUAUAUUGUGACCUACGGAUUUGGAAUUUACGUUAUCAAUUUAUUCAUUGCUUUCAUUACUCCAAAGUUUAGACCACAAGAAACUGAAGAGGAGGACGAUGAAGAAAAUAGCUUGAAUGCAACCCUUCCAAAUACAUCAGUAGGACGUAAUUUUUCUGCUGGAGGAAUGUUUGGUCAACCUAAAGUUGAUCCCGAUGAUGUUAAGCCUUUUGUUCGUCGUCUUCCAGAGUUCAAAUUCUGGUACUCUCUUACGAAGGCCAUUAUUAUUUGUUUAUUAUUGACAUCAACAAGAGUUUUGGACAUUCCAGUUUAUUGGCCAAUUUUGUUAGGAUAUUGGAUCUUGCUAUUAGCAAUCACAUUGAGAAAACAAAUUAGAGACAUGAUCAAACACAAAUACGUACCUUUCACAAUUGGAAAGAAGUCUUAUGGUAAUUCUGGCUCUUCUGUGUUUGGUUCUGCAUUGUCUGGGUUUGUGAAACCAUCACCAGGCGGAACCACAUCAACAACAGCUUUUAAUCGAACACCACAAUUCGGUUCUUAUCAAUCAGCAUUCCAACAAUAUACACCAACCAUGAACAAUCCUUUGUUGAGUCAGCAAGCAACAUUUUCUGCUGUCAGCACUCAUGGAAAUGCUAACCAAAAACUUGCUGAUUAA